UCGAAUUUAGACCACGUGACCUAGUUUAUUUGAUUUCCCGAAUGUGAGUGCGGGAUGUCUGUCGUCGCCCUUCCAUGUGACAAUGAACGAAAUUGGAGGCGCCUUAUGCAGCUGUUCUCUCGUAUAAGUAGUUGCAGGGAUGUCUACUCUCUGCAGGCUUUGCUCACAGACGUAGCAGCAGUGACAAAUCGUGCUGGCCAGACAAGAAGAAGCGAAGUGUCAGGCUUGGACAUAUUCUUCGACCAAUACGCUCUUCCAGAAGAGUCCAGGCGCUUUUUUGCGUCUACACUUCCUUUCAUUGCGAAACUGGCCGCCCACCUCAAGCAAGAGGUUGGCGACGUUGUGGGCAUUCCAGUGAAAAGCGGAGAACACGACAUCUCUUUGAAGAGAUCCGUCGUUGCCUGUUUGUUGGCUUGUGGAGUUCUCUGUGCAUUUCCUGCUGGACGUGGAGUAGGAAGUCUCAACUUUGUCAAGUUCUACAGCAGCUUCAACAAUUUAAAACUUGACCGAUGUCAGUCUCAGUCUGCUAAGUUUCGGUGUAUUAUUCAUUAUUUCGAGCGUCUACGUCAACGUGGAUUAGAGAAUAUUUGUGGUCAUGUGAUUUAUAGUCGUAGAGUGUUGUCGAGCAUUCCGACUCUCGAUUGGUGGACAGAGAGUGCGUUGCCUCUCUGUACGAUUGAAGUCAUCGAGAAUGCUGGAGUAGAAGACUCAGGUGAUGAGACGCUGCAGGUCGACUUUGCGGCAAGACAUAUUGGUGGUGGUGUGUUGGCAACAGGACGAGUGCAGGAAGAAAUUCGCUUUUGUAUUAAUCCUGAGCUCAUUGCUUCUAUGCUAUUUAUGGAUCCCAUGGAGUCACACGAAGCUAUUGUUAUCAGGGGCACUGAAAGAUUCUCUUUAUACACCGGGUAUGGACAGACUCUGAAAUUUGCAGGAGACUAUCAAGAUGACUCAAGGCGCGACGAAGCCGGUGAUCUCAUGACCUCUAUUGUCGCAAUCGACGCUGUGAAUGUGAACAACCUACACAGUACGAGUCAGUAUUCGACAGACGUGAUACUGCGAGAUCUCCUCAAAGCAUACGCAGGCUUUCUGUCGCCAAAACCUGAUUUGUCAUCACCAAUCACAUCACGUGAUUCGAACGCAACUUUCCAUGAGAUCACAGCCUAUGCUGAUCGAUUGGUGACGACCGUAAUGGAUUCGGUGAGAUGUACCAUGGGGCAGUCGGAAUCAUCGUACCUUCAUCAACAGACACAGUCUCAGUCUCUUAGCGAUUUUGCCGAUCUUCAAGUGGCUGCUAUCAUGCAGUCUGUCAAAGAGGUAUUAGACGCCAGUUCAUCUACAUCUUCGGCAACCGGUUUUAGUUGCCCUCUCAUUGAUGGUGUCAUCACAUCAGCUCCAGAAGUGCCAUACAUUGAACAGUUGAGAUCAUCAACUGGUGAUAUGAGUGUUGAUCAGUAUGCCGACAUAUUAGUAUCUGAAGCAAUGGCAAGCGGGAUGAGAGAACAUGCCACCAAUGAGAGUAAUCAGACUCUGGAUGAGUGGGCCACUAAAUUUGUCGAGGCAAUUUUGUGGCAGCCGACCUUACAUUCGAAGGCUGCUUGUAUGGACGGACCGUGUGGUGGUUGGUCACCAGCGUCGUGCGAUGUUGUUUCAGGAGGAACCGGAUCGACUGAGCGAUAUCGUGCUGUGGCAACAGGUAACUGGGGAUGUGGAGCGUUUGGUGGAGAUCCUCAGCUUAAGUCGCUAAUACAGUGGAUGGCAAUAUCGGCGGCUGGACGUCCAGCCAUGCUCUACUAUCCAUAUAACAACAAACAAGUAGAGCAGCUGCAGGACGUAGCGAAACAUGUUACCUGCAAACAGUGGACCGUCGGUGACAUGAUGAGAGCGCUCGUCAAAUAUUCUAAGAAACACAACAGCAAGAAGGCAGCAGACAGAAAGCAAGUGUCGAUGGACCUCUUUGAUUAUAUCAGAUCACUCUGAAUGUAUUAGCAAUGAUGCCUGACUUCUAAUAAUUCUGUCAUUGCACUCUAUUUCAAAAUAACUCGAUGCGAUUUCCUUCAAAUGGAAGUACACUAGA